ACCUCUUCCAAAGCUCCGUAAAAUUGUGUAGUUUACUGCGGUUGCUAGGAGACGGUAAACCGGAAGCGGAAAUGCCGUUCAAGAGCUCUAGGGAAAGAGGACGUCAUGGCUGCCAAGGCGGAGGUCCGGGCUUUGCAGGCUGAAGUUGCCCGGCGGGAGAAGGAACUGAGUUCCCUGAAGCAGAGACUGGCGGCGGCUCUUCUGGCGGAGGAAGAGCCAGAGCGGCCGGCUCCGGUGUCGCCCCUGCCGCCGAAGGCCGCCCUGACCCGAGAGGAGAUUCUGCGCUAUAGCCGGCAGCUCGUGCUGCCGGAGCUCGGCGUGCAGGGGCAGCUGCGCCUGACCGCCGCGUCCGUGCUAGUCGUGGGCUGCGGUGGGCUCGGCUGCCCGCUGGCGCAGUACCUGGCAGCGGCCGGCGUGGGCCGCCUGGGCCUUGUGGACUACGACGUGGUAGAAAUGAGCAACCUGCCGCGCCAGGUGCUGCACGGGGAGGCACUGGCCGGCCAGGCCAAGGUCUUCUCGGCCGCCGCCUCGCUGCGCAGUCUUAAUUCGGCCGUGGAGUGCGUGCCGUACGCUCAGGCUCUGACGCCAGCCACGGCUCUGGACCUGGUCCGCCGUUAUGACGUGGUGGCUGACUGCUCCGACAACGCGCCCACUCGGUACCUCGUUAAUGACGCCUGUGUACUGGCCGGCCGGCCUCUCGUAUCCGCCAGCGCCCUGCGCUUCGAGGGCCAGAUCACAGUCUAUCACUACGACGGAGGGCCUUGCUAUCGCUGCGUGUUCCCCCAGCCACCUCCAGCGGACACGGUGACCAACUGCGCAGAUGGCGGGGUGCUCGGUGUCGUCACUGGGGUCCUGGGCUGCCUGCAGGCGCUGGAAGUGUUGAAGAUCGCGGCGGGCCUGGGCCCCUCUUACAGUGGCCAACUGAUGCUCUUCGAUGCUCUCAGAGGACGUUUCCGCUGUAUUCGGCUGCGGAGCCGCAGGCCCGACUGUGCGGCCUGCGGGGAGCAGCCCACUGUGACUGACCUGCAGGACUAUGAAGCCUUCUGUGGCUCCUCGGCCACCGAUAAGUGCCGCUCCCUGCAGUUGCUGAGCCCGGAGGAGCGGGUUUCUGUCACCGACUAUAAGCGGCUUCUGGAUUCUGGGUCACCCCACGUGUUGCUGGACGUCAGGCCUCAAGUGGAAGUGGACAUCUGUCGUUUGCCUCAUGCCCUGCACAUCCCUUUGAAACAGUUGGAACGGAGGGAUGCGGAGAGCCUGAGACUCUUAGGGGAAGCGAUCCAGAAAGGGAAGCGAGGCACACAGGAAGGGGCAGCGCUCCCCAUUUACGUGAUUUGCAAACUGGGCAACGAAUCCCAGAAGGCCGUGAAGAUCCUGCAGACGUUGAUGGCAGUCCAAGAGUUAGGCUCCCUGACAGUGCAGGAUGUGGUGGGGGGGCUCAUGGCCUGGGCCGCCAAAAUCGACGGGACAUUUCCCCAGUACUGAGGUGGCUGGUAGACUGGUUGGACCUGAGAAGAAUGUGAGUUGUCACAUUACUUGAAAGACCACGGCGAUUUAUUGGAUGAUGUAGUUGUGAACGGAUUAUAACUCUGUCUCUGCGAGUUGCCUUGUGUUUUCAGCACUUGGAGAGUGGCUUGAACUUGUGAGCUAUAUUGUAAGGGACAGGAUUUUGUGUUUUAAUCUGCCAGUCAUUUGCCGGUCCUGCUUUUUUUCCACCUCCCCCCAUGCAAAAGCUCUGUAAAUGGUCUAUUUUAUGCCUGGGAUUAAGUUGUUGUAAACUUAGUCUUACUGAAACGAUCACAGAUGAUACACUUAAGAUCAAUUUAUUGUUUACUAAAGAUGUUCUUUGGAUCUUAUUUCCACUUCAGGUGUUAGAAUAUGUACUAGAGAAAUAAGUGUUAUGAGGUACAUUGUUUUAAUGAUCUGGAAAGUAGUUUUAUAUUAAGUAUUGUGAAUUCAUAUCCCAAGUGAAGUACUUAAAGGUUAGCAAGAUAAACAAAGCCACUUUCAUAGUAUGUCAGUUUCUCUUAUAAACUGAUUUUUUUUUCCUAAAGUUGGCUUCAGGGACCACCUUAUGUUGUAGUCAUGACAUUUUCUAAACUGUGUAUUAUGGUUUGGCUUGCUUUGGAAUCUUCAAGUCCAAGUUCCAACCUUCUGCCCUCCUCCUUCCCUUCCCUAUCCAGUCUGUUACAAACAACAUUUCCAUGAAAUGGCAGGUACCCUGCCCAAUUUCCAAUAUCUACAGCAAAAUCAAAAGUAAAAAUUUGGUAUGUAUGUAGCAGUGGUUAAUUGAAGGGGAAACGCCUUGUCAAAGGGCGCCUCCACUCUGCAGCUGACUUCUGCACUCGGGCUCACCUGCAGCCAGAAACGGCAGACAUAAAUGUGCAGUCUUUGUAUCUGUGGCUACAGAUGUGUAAAGAGAGUUAAAAAGCAUUGUGGGCCAGACAGAACCUGUACUUACCAGUUUGCAAACACUUUUUCCUCUCCACUA